CGAAGGCGAUUUGGGGAUUAUAUCCUAGAUUGGAUUGAGUUAAAACCAAAAGUACAAGUAUAUUGGAAUACUGUACUACAGAUACUCGAGGGCCACUCUGCCGGGGUUAGCUCCAUGGCCUUUUCACGCGACGGCAAGCAGGUCGUAUCGGGCUCGCUCAAUAAGACGGUGCGGCUCUGGGACGCCGCUAUGGGCAAAGUACAGUGGACGCUCGAAGGCCACUCUGCCGGGGUCAGCUCCGUAGCCUUCUCACGCGACUAUAAGCUACUACCUACCUUACGUGUGUCUAAUUAUUGGGUAGCAGAAGGUGAAGCGAAUAUUCUCUGGCUACCUUCUAAUUACCGAUUUAUAUAA